CAGAACAAAACAAGCAUUUCCACAAAUAGUCCUGAUUCUGGCGAUUCUAGUGAAUUUAAUUGAUUUUUUGAAGGUAUACAUUGAUUUAAGAACCGGUUUUCUUUGAACUAAAGGUUGUCAUUGUUAUAUUCUAUGUAAUAUGGUUCGAUAAAUCGUUCAUAGCCAACCAAAGUAUGUCACUGUACCAUGCUAAUGCCGGCCAGGCCGAAAUCAUUCGAACAAUUGAAAAAGAUCAAACCUACAUCAAUGAAAUACGCAGUCAACUCAGCGAUAUUCUGCUGCUAGUGAGCCAAAAGAAUUGGUUCAAAUAUCAACACCUGUGUAAGCUGGCCGCAGAAAUACUCUACCAUCACUAUGCCAUUGCACACAAUCUGCAGACGCUUGGGGAAGAAUAUACCGGUAUCAUCCAGGUGGACUCCAACUAUGUUAUGCUUCCCAAUAAAGCACUUCAGUUCUUUUCCAUUCUGCUGGAAUACGGUGGGGAGCAUGUGGUCGAACGGAUUCUGAGACGUAUGCAGCUGGAGAUCGAUCGAAGCGAUGAGCUGUUGCCCGAGGCCAAAGUCAACCUGAUACGGCUCAUAGAUGGCUUGAAGUUUAUCGUGCCAUACGUGCGAGGAUUUCACACCAGUCUGUUCUAUAUCUACGGCGGAAAGAAUCACAUCUCGAAGCGCCUGAUGGGAAUCAAUUAUAUUUUGAUACGAAACUGGCUCAAGGAAAAUCAUUCCAUAUACGGCUUUCGGAUUUUGGGUGUAGUAACUCUGCUCCAAUUAAUUCUAUCGUUGGUGGUAAAAAUGAACGAGCAUCGCAAGAAAGCAAAGGAACACAAAGCGAGCAACACAGGUAAGAUAACCACAGCAGCACAGCAGCAACCCAAAAGACACAAUCCACAUUCCCAGAGCUCUCGCCGCUGUGCCCUCUGUAUGGAAAUGGCACAAGAUUUGAGUGUUACCCAGUGUGGACACUUGUUCUGUUGGCACUGCAUACUGAAUUGGUUGGACGAACGACAGAUUUGUCCCAUCUGUAGGGAAGCGAUCAAAAAGUCUCGGGUUGUAAGGUUGCAGAACUUUUAGAGGGAAUGUUCGGUUAUAAUUUUUAGAAUCCAGAAUGUGGUUUUACGAUUCUAUUUAUUGUAUUAGUCUUAAUAUUUACAUGUUCUAAGAAGCUCUUUUCAAGAGUAUUUGAUUUACUACCAAUUGUGCUUGGAUAGAAUUUACGAUUUGUUUGUUUUUCGUUUAAGGGGAAAAAUAUAUACACAAAGUGGUGCCUUUGAAAGGCGGCACUGAUGAUUCCAAAGGCCUAAAUAAAUAAAAUUGUUGUUUAAAAA